CUCUACUCCUCACUUUGUUCACCAGACACAACAGCUGUUGCACUUCACUCUGAAACCAUGGCCAAGGACAUGACUCUGCUGUGGGCCUCCGGCUCUGUUCCCUGCUGGAGGGUGAUGAUCAUGCUGGAGGAGAAGCAGCUGCAGGGCUACAACCACAGACAGCUCUCCAUCGAGGAAUUCAUGAACAAGCCCCAGGAACUGUUAGAUAUCAAUCUGAGGGGGCAGCUUCCAUCUUUCAAACAUGGAAACAUCAUCGUGAAUGAAUCCUACGGUGCCUGUUUUUACCUGGAGAGCAAGUUUAAAAACCAGGGAACCAAACUGAUCCCAGAUGACACUGACCAACAAGCUCUGAUGUACCAGCGCAUGUUUGAGGGUCUCACAUUCUACGAUAAAGCUGCUACCAUUGUCUACUAUGAAUAUUACGUCCCUGAAGGAGAGAGGCACGACUCAGCUGUGAAGAGAAACAAAGAGGCUCUGGUCACUGAGCUGAAGCUCUGGGAAGGAUACCUGCAGAAGCUGGGCGCUGGCUCUUACCUGGCGGGACCAUCUUUCACACUGGCUGAUGUGGUUGUUUUUCCAACUGUUGCUAAUCUUUUCCGAUAUGGGUUGUCUGCUCAGCGUUACCCUAAACUGGGAGAGUAUUAUGGUCUGGUGAAGGAGAGACCCAGCAUCAAAGCCAGCUGGCCUCCUCAUUGGGUGGAGGACCCAAAGGGAGACGAGGACACCCUGAAGGACUUCUGAUAUCCAUACACUCUUGUUAUGGUGAUGUUCUGGUGUGGCCUGUAAUGCAAAGCUUUUGCUUUUGCCUACUAAAAGCUUAGCUAACAGCUUGAUAAAUAUGAUACAGCACAGAUUUUGAUUAUUGGUGCUAUAAAAGAGAGUUUUUGCUUACUAAUAAGUUCUGAAUGCAUUUGGGAAUUACAGGUGCAGAUAUGUGGUUCUUUUAUUUUGAUCCCUCUUGUCAAAUCGUUACCAAAAAGUAUAAAAUGCAGGCUGUGUUCAAUUGUACAUCAUUAGAUGUUUGCAGGGUGACAGCAGCAGGAAGACUGUCAUGUAGACAUAGCAGCUUUUGUUUCCCCCAUACACUGUGUUUAGAACUAACAUCAGUCUGUGUCGACUCAUAUGUGCAGGCUGCUAUACUAAAAGUUUCUAAUGCAUUUAGAAUUCCUGUGAAGUUAGUGUGUAUUAAUACAUUCAUAUCAGUUAGCAUUUAUUGGAGGUUCUCUAUAUUCAUAUCACAUUAACUGAUAUAUUGGGGCUAUAAUAUAAUCAUUGUGCACUGUAAAUUCCAAUCUCACAUCACCUUGUCCUAGUAGAAAAGGUGGGCGGAUUCUUUGAAGACGUGACCUUUGUGUUUAUUUGAAUCACAGAAGCGGCUUACUCUGCACAAAGGUAGCUGAAAUACCCUGCGUUGGCAUGACUUUGCAUAAAUGAAAUUGUUCAAUAUUGCGUCCUUUGCAUGAUUUUUGCAUUUUCAGUUUCAUACACAGCCUCUUGGAGACACACCAGCCAUACUGUAUGUUCAACUAUGUCACUUAAAUAAACAGUAGACGUGUA